UAGGAUUCAAUUUACAGAAUCGGGUUCUCAUCGGACUCUGCAAUGAACGAAUGAAAUGAAUGCAAAAAAAUAUCUGUUUUUGGACGAAACCUAAGCUGUCAUCAUAUCACGAAUCACGAAGUGUCAUUUUUCCACAUCGCGGAUUGCAGAUGUGGAGUUUUGUCGGCGAAUAAAUUAUAUUUCUUACGAUUUGUGAAAGACAUGGCAGACACGGAGCCGCAAAACGGUCCCGCUGAAGACCAGCCGCAGGAGAAGACUGCAAAGCAGCUGGAAAAAGAAGCUAAAAAAGCCGCCAAGUUGGAAAAACUUAAGGCUAAGCUUGAUAAGAAGAGUGCUGCGCCAACUGUGCAGAAAGAUAAGCCGGAGAAAAAGGCAAAGGAAACAAAGGAAAGUGCGGUGUAUACAGCCAACACAGCUCCGGGUGAGAAAAAAGACAUUGCAGGCCCCAUGCCUGAUGCUUACAGCCCUAAAUAUGUGGAGGCUGCCUGGUACUCAUGGUGGGAAAAACAGGGUUUCUUCAAACCAGAAUAUGGGAGGAAAUCAAUACUAGAGAAAAAUCCAAAAGGCAAGUUUGUGAUGGUGAUCCCUCCACCCAAUGUCACAGGCUCUUUGCAUCUCGGACAUGCUCUCACUAAUGCUGUAGAGGAUGCACUCACCAGAUGGCACAGGAUGAACGGCAAGAUGACGCUAUGGAACCCGGGAUGCGACCACGCCGGCAUCGCGACCCAGGUCGUGGUGGAGAAGAAGAUCUGGCGCGAGGAGAAGAAGACCCGUCAUGACCUUGGCCGAGAGGAGUUCAUCAAGAGGGUCUGGGACUGGAGGAAUGAGAAAGGCGGCAGGAUCUACGAACAACUGCGCUCUCUAGGCUCCUCGUACGACUGGUCCCGUGUCCGGUUCACGAUGGACCCGUCGAUGUGUCGCGCUGUGAACGAAGCGUUCAUCAGACUGCAUGCAGGCGGCGACAUCUACCGCGCCAACAGGCUGGUCAACUGGAGCUGCACGCUGAAGAGCGCCAUAUCAGACAUCGAGGUGGAUAAAGUGGAACUCGCUGGACGAACUAUGAUGACCAUACCCGGGUAUGACCAGAAAGUCGAGUUCGGCGUGCUGGUCCACUUCGCGUACAAGGCGGAGGGUUCCGACGACGAGGUGGUAGUGGCCACCACUCGUGUGGAGACCAUGCUGGGAGACGUCGCCGUCGCUGUGCAUCCCAAUGAUGCCAGAUAUAAGCACCUGAUCGGCAAGUCCCUUGUGCAUCCGUUCACCAAGAGAAAGUUGCCGGUCAUCGCUGAUGACUACGUUGAUAUGAACUUUGGCACAGGCGCAGUGAAGAUCACUCCUGCCCACGACCCGAACGACUAUGAGAUCGGCAAGCGUCACAAUCUACCCUUCAUCACCAUCUUUGACGACGAGGGCAAGAUGUUGGAUAACUGCGGACAAUUUUCGGGUAUGAAACGCUUCGAAGUCCGUCGCACCAUCAUCAAAUCCCUCGACCAGUUGAAGUUGUACCGUGAGACCAAGGAUCACGCCAUGGUGGUGCCAGUUUGCAGCCGCUCCAAGGAUAUCGUUGAGCCUAUGCUCAAGCCGCAGUGGUACAUCCGUUGCGACAAAAUGGCAGCUGAAGCCAUAAAGGUGGUCAAAACGGGCGAGUUGAAGAUAAUUCCAGACGUGCACGAAAAGAUCUGGUACCACUGGAUGGAGAACAUCCGCGACUGGUGCAUCUCCCGGCAGCUCUGGUGGGGGCACCGAAUCCCCGCGUACAGGGUCACGCUGCCGACCUCUCAUCAACAGGAGGAAGCGAGCAAGACGGCCCCCCGGCGCCGCCGCACGCGCUCGGGCCGCAAGAAGAGCGCGCGGAUACGGACGCGCGCGCCCGCUGCCCGCGCCCGCACUUCAGAAGAAGAGCUUUGGGUAUCAGCGCACACGCAUGAGGAGGCGCUGGUCAAAGCGGCGGAGAAGUUCUCCGUGGCUAAGGAAGACAUCACGCUGGUGCAGGAUGAGGAUGUGCUGGACACCUGGUUCUCAUCCGGUCUGUUCCCGUUCUCAAUAUUCGGGUGGCCUGACCAGACUGAGGAUUUGCAGGCAUUUUACCCUGGCACGUUGUUAGAAACUGGUCACGACAUCUUGUUCUUCUGGGUGGCAAGAAUGGUCUUCUUCGGUCAGCGGCUGAUGGGAAAACUGCCUUUCAAGGAAGUGUACCUCCACCCGAUGGUCCGCGACGCCCACGGGCGCAAGAUGUCCAAAUCUCUGGGCAACGUGAUCGACCCGGUGGACGUGGUGCGCGGGGUCACGCUGCAGGAACUGCACGAGCAGCUGCGGGACUCGAACCUGGACCCUCGCGAGCGGGAGAAGGCGGAGGCGGGCCAGAAGGCCGACUACCCUAAUGGGAUCCCCGAGUGUGGCACUGAUGCUUUGAGGUUCGCCCUGUGCGCAAUGACACAAGGCAGGGACCUGAACCUGGACAUCCUCCGCGUGCAGGGCUACCGGUUCUUCUGCAACAAGCUCUGGAACGCUGUUAAGUUCGCGCUCAUGUACUUCCCCAACAACACCACUUAUGAGGUGUAUUCCCCUUCCAUACCGUCGGACCUAGCGCCCAUGGACCGCUGGAUGCUCUCGCGACUAGCGCUGGCUGUGCAGAAGGUCAACCACGGCUUCCAAACCUAUGACUUCCCGCUAUCCACCACACACUGCUACAACCUCUGGCUGUACGAUCUCUGCGAUGUUUAUUUGGAAUACCUCAAACCCCUGUUCGCCUCAGGCUCAGAUGUACAGAAGGCGGCCGCUAGACGCACCCUGUAUACCACACUAGAGUAUGGCCUGAAGUUGCUUAGCCCUUAUAUGCCUUUCAUCACUGAGGAACUGUACCAGCGGUUACCCAGGAAGGAUACCUCCUGCCCGUCUAUUGCUGUUGCUACUUAUCCUGAGGAAUCCGCGGCCCCCUGGCGCAAUGAAGACUUAGAAGCGAGUGUAGAGACCGUGAUGAAGAUGGUACACGCGGUGCGGUCCACGCGAGCCGAAUACAACCUCACCAACAAACAGAAGACCACCGCUCACCUCGUCAUCAGCCCCGAUCUCGACGUCCAAGGUCUACGAUCAUUAUUCAAGAGUCUACAAUCGCUGUCCAACAGCGAGCUGUCAGAAGAGCAACCACCCACAGGGUGCUCCAUCCUCACCAUCUCUGAUAAGAUAGAAGUACAUCUGGUAUUAAAGGGCCUGAUCGACCCGCAGAAAGAGAUAGCUAAACUAGAGAAGAAGAAAGAAGCACUAUCGCAAACUAUCAACAAGUUGCAACAAGCCAUGUCGGCAGAGGACUACGCCACGAAGGUACCAGCUGAAGUCCAGAAAGGGAAUACUGAGAAACUGAGCCAGUCGCAGGGAGAGAUGGAGCGGUUACUAGCUGCUGUUGAGACCUUGAAGCUUAUGUAGACUUACGAAGACUAGAUAGACCGUACUGUGAUAACAUAUGACAUUUGAUCUACGUUGCAGCACAACCUGGGCACUCCAUACCAUGGUAUAAGAAAACCAGUGGGCUUUGCACCGUAAACGCGCGACUCUUUCUCACAUCAUCCGUCACUCUCUCACAGUACUGCACAGAAAGAGACAUAUGAUCUCUGUCGCGGCGAUAUGCUCAAAAGUGACAGCUAGCAUUUCAAGGUUAGCCCAGCUGACGUCAUCCCAUCCUACGUUGCCAUUUCGUAAAAAAAAAAUACCCACGUCCAAUGUUUUUUGAAUUUUGAACUUUUAGUAAAAGAUUUACGUACAGUUUUAAUGUUUCUCAUAUAUGUGAGAAAUAAUAGUAACUAAAUACAUUAGUCAGUAAUUUACUUAAUUUUCAAUAAUAAAAUUUACGUCCUUGGAAUGUUGGAGAUACCAAUUCAAUGGUAACACUUACGUCAUCAAAGGGCUAGCAAUGGCGGCUUGUCAUAGGAUUGAGCAUACCUGGGGUCUGUUUAAUAAAACUUACAAUUGUAAAUUACAAUGACAAUUUGAUGUACAUUGCGGAGUUAGUGAUCACAAAUAUUUUGCAGUUUCAUAUUAGCUACGUAAUGAACACUAAAUUGUCGUUGUAAUUUACGAUUGUAAGUUUUAUGAAACAAGCCCCUGGUCUACUUAUACCAUGCUUCAUACUAAAAUCUCCUUACCGUGUGCCGCCUUAUUGUAUAAGUGCGAGCGAGACAGAAAGUCUCCACGUGCUCCUUUACUCCUUAACCAUUUGCGGUCGAGAUUUUCAGACACAAUGGGGUUUGGAUUUUAAAAGGGCAUUCGAUCUCACGACUUUAACGAUUUUAACAGUUAACUUAGAUUAAAGUGAGAGUGCGGGGCGGAGAGUGUCCGUUCUGUACGUAGUAUUAUUCUUUAUUCUAUGACAGUUAGUCUUUAUGGUAUAUAUCCAUUUAUCAGUGUCAUGUUAUCAUAGUAAAAGCAAUACCAACCAGUACCUACUACUUAUUUAAAUCUUAAAUGCAUCGGCUGAUUAGCUUUAUACAACCUUAAAACAACUUUUGCAAUGAAGGACUUUCCAGGCGUUUCCAAAGAAAAGUAUAGGUGGCACUGUACACAUUUACCGUGAUAAUUACCUACUUUGUCUUAUUGUCUUUGGUUACAUAAUAAUUCAAAAAUAUAAUGUAAUGGCAGAGGCAGAUUAUAAAAUUCUGUUGCUAUAUACCUAUAUUGCUUCUCCUUAUUUUGAUUGGAAUAAUAUUGCGUGGAAGAUGUCUUGUGCCUAGGUGUAAUAAUGAGAAUCAUCAUUUAUAUCCAAAAACAGAGAUAAAAGAUUUUUAUGUCUGCUUUCUGAGAAAUUAGAAGGGUUAACGAAGGCAAAUUUGUACAACGCCAUCUAUUUUAUUUUUUUAAGGAACUGAGUAGCGACUGAGACAUGGUAAGUGAUAUUCAAGUGUGCAUCCGUAUUCACAGUUUUUGACGUGAUGUCUAAUAAGAAUAAUAUUGGCCGAUGCUGCAUGAGAUAUAAUCUCAAGUUGUAUAAAAUUACAUGUAUUGUUGUAAGGGUACCUCUAUUUAUUAAUUUUGCAAUAAAGUAGCUUGAAUUUA